UUUUUUUUAAAAAAAAAUUAAGUGAUAAAUGUCAAAUUGAUUGAAAAUUAAUACCUACUACGGUAUGUUAUCAGGAGAUAAGAUUCCUAAGGAAGAUGAAAGAAAGGGAAAUUUUCUGCCAAUUAAUAAAAAUGAUUCUAGAUUUCAAAUUUAUUCUGUCUCAGGAGAAAUUGCACCCAUGGUGACAUGUAUUGAUGCAAAAAAUACACCGUCAUCAUAUGAAUAUGAAAAUCCAUCAUUAUAUAUGAAAGAUGAAGUCGAUCUUAAAAUUUUGGGCAAUGAAGAAAUUCAAACUGAAAAUCCAAGAAUCAGGCGCAUCUCCCUACAUGAAACUCUUCCUAAAGUUGAACAUUAUAAAGAUAUUUUUUCUCUAGAUAAAAAUAAAAAAAGGCCAAGUUUAUCAGAUUUACAUGAGCCAGGUGAUAGAGAUCUAUUACAAAAACCCAGACAAAGUUUAGAUGUUGUUUCAGAAGAUUUGCAGAGAGGAAUAUCGAAAGGAACUAAAUUUGGUUGGAUUAAAGGAGUUAUGAUACGCUGUUCGCUCAAUAUAUGGGGUGUUAUGCUAUUUUUGAGACUUUCGUGGAUAGUUGGACAAGCAGGAAUAGCCUUCGCCUCCUUAAUAGUUCUAUUAUCGAUCACAGUGACUAUGAUAACAUCAAUGUCUAUGUCAGCCAUAUGCACCAAUGGGGAAAUCAAAGGAGGAGGGGCCUAUUUUAUGAUAUCCAGGAGUUUGGGGCCCGAAUUCGGAGGAGCUAUCGGUAUAAUCUUCUCUCUCGCUAACGCUAUCGCAGUGUCUAUGAAUGUGGUGGGAUUGGCGGAAACCGUAGUUGAUAUGAUAAAUGACCAUGCUGGGACACUGUAUGGCAUAAGUUCCAUUAACUGGAUAAGAAUAGUUGGUUGCGCUGCAGUAAUACUUUUACUGGUUAUAGCGAUGGCUGGUAUGGAAUGGGAAUCAAAGGCUCAAAUCGUGUUUUUACUGAUCAUCCUACUCUCUUUCAUAAAUUAUUUCUUGGGAUCUUUGAUGCCACCCACCUUAUACAAAGAGGCCAGGGGCUUUGCCGGAUAUCGAACGUAUUUAUUCAAAGAAAAUUUUGUGUCCAGUUUCAGGGGAGAAACAUUUUUUUCGAUUUUCGCUAUUUACUUCCCAUCCGCUACUGGUAUCUUGGCCGGAGCUAAUAUAUCUGGAGACCUUAAAGACGCUCAAAAAGCUAUUCCUAAGGGGACAUUUGCAGCUAUAGUAGUUACCGCUAUAUCCUAUCUCGCCAUGAUAUGGACUAUAGGUGCUUGUGGAAUAAGAGCCGCUACUGGUAACAUUAACGAUAUCCAAAAUUCAGGCUCAUCAUUCAAUGUUACUACGGCAUAUAUACCUUUUUACGAGCGAGGAAGCAAGUUGAGAAGUUGCGACGCCUACACUAAUUGUACCUAUGGAUUGUUAUACAAUUAUCACUUUGUUGAAUUAGCUAGCGGAUCCGGUCCUAUAAUAUCGGCCGGCAUAUUUUCCGCUACCCUUUCAUCCGCUAUGGCUUGUUUAGUAGGAGCUUCCAAAGUAUUUCAAGCUUUGUGCAGAGAUAAAUUGUUUCCCUGGAUUCAUGUUUUCGCAUACGGCUCGAAAAGAAAUGACGAUCCCAUCAGGGCUUAUUUUUUGGCUUUCGUCAUUGCGAUAAUGUUUGUCUUAUUAGGCGAUCUCAAUAUCAUCGCCCCUAUUAUAUCGAAUUUUUUCCUUAUGGCUUACGCUCUAAUCAACUAUUCCUGUUUUCAUGCCUCCUUAUCCAAAUCAGUUGGCUUCAGACCUGGUUUUAAAUAUUAUAAUAAAUGGAUCAGCCUAAUAGGUGGUUUUCUAUGUCUCGCGGCUAUGUUCCUUAUAAAAUGGUGGGCGGCACUUGUUACUUUAAUCGCCGUGCUCUUUCUGUAUUUUUAUAUUCGUUACAAGAAACCGAAUGUGAAUUGGGGAUCAUCCACUCAGGCUCACAUUUACAAGGACGCUCUGACCGCCGUCCUACGCCUGAAUGAAACAGAAGAACACGUCAAAAAUUUUAGACCUCAGAUUUUGGCCUUUACUGGAGAUCCUAGAACUCGUCCAUCACUAAUCGAUUUUGCAAAUCUUUUUACUAAAAAUAUCAGCUUACUUAUCUGUGGUCAAGUUAUUAUAGAACAAUCCCCUGAUGAUGAUAUGAUACUCGUUGAUGUUAAAUCAGUAUACAAUGCAUUUGCUCACAAAAAUAUUAAAGCUCUAUACAACACAUCCAUAGCACCCAAUUUUCGACAAGGAGCUCGUUCAUUGAUGGAAAUAUCUGGUUUGGGAAGGCUGAGACCAAAUAUAGUUAUUUUUGGUUACAAAAAGAGAUGGCUUCAUUGUGAUCUAGAUGAAGUUGAACAAUAUUUUAACGCCAUCCACGACGCUUUUGAUAUGAAGUUAGGCGUAGGUAUCUUGAAAGUAAAAGAAGGAUUAGAUUUUUCAUCUUUGCUCUUCGAUUCCAAGAGCAAAGCUUCUCAUCUUUCACCUAUUCUCAGGAGGAGAUAUACUCACGGCGGACAUGAAACGAAAUCGAGAAAUAAAGACGAAGAUGAUUAUUACGACAACGAAAAUUAUGUACCGAAUAUUAGCAAAACAAUUACUAACGACACUUAUAUCAAUAAUAUUAAUUUAAAUAAUAUAAGGCAACCUUUGCGCAUUACAAACGAAAAUAAUAACAACGGUGUUUUACAUGGCAGAGAGUCAAGGAAAAAAAAAAUUAAAAAAUGGAGAAGAGGUUAUCCGAAUAAUAAGACAUUGUCUAAUGGCCAACCCUUGAAAUAUUCUUCCGAUAACCUUUCUAACGAUUCUCACGGGUCCUCGAGUAAGUAUUCUUCCGCUAUAAAGGCCAAAUUAUCUUACAUUCAAAACAUGUUCUCAUAUUCUCAGAACAAAUUAGCGGUUUUUACAAAACGCAGAGCGGAUGGCAACUUUAAAACUUCAACUCACCUAUUAAACGCGGACGGCAUGCCUAUAGAAUCCUCAAAAGAAAUAGACAAAACCGAAAUUUUCCUACCAUCUACAACAAUCGUCAUUCAACGUGAUCUAAACCUUUCGACCGGUCUAGGCGAUGAGAAUUCUCCCUCUCCUAGUAAUAUUAUAUCUCGAGUCGACAAUAUUUGCAAGAAAAACGAUUCAUGGCAGAACAAUUCAAAUAUUUCCAGAAAAGCCUCUCUUCAGAGCUUUAAAGGGAUACUUAAAAGUGCCGUAGAUUCAUUUGAGAGCAAACUCAACAACAUCUCUCAUUCUUUUUCUUCUUUGGCAAUGAGAGAUAUCAAUUUAAAUGAUAAUUCGGGAAACAAAGAGGGUGUACAGAACACCGCUUAUAAGUCACAACCUCAGCUUAAUAACAGCGGUAGUAAUAAUGCGUAUGCAUUCGAUCGAUUGAGUCAAAUUAGUGACAAACUCAAAACAGAGGCAAGUAAUAUUGCUGACGAUUCUAAAAACCCAUCUGCCACUACUCUUAGCUCACGGGAUAGUCAAUUUGAAAUCAAAAUAAUUAACAAUCAAUACUCGAAGCCACCCAAAACCAAAAGAAGCCAUUUUAACUCCUUACUCCCUAAAGCAUCCAAAUUGUUUUUACUUAAUCGUAAAAAAGGACUUAAAGUUUCCGAUGAUCAUAUUCAAACAGAUGACUUUACCUUGCCCGCUAAAAUAAAUUCUUCCGAUUCCUAUAGUAAAAAGCGAUCAACUUUAAAGGACAAAACAGGUAGUGAUGGUCACAAGUCAAAAAUUUCUGCCAGUAAAAGUAAGAAAACUAAUCAGAGAAUUAGGCGAAAAACAUUAUCCCACUUUGAAGGUAUUUUUGAGGAUUCAUCAUCCGAGUCAUCAGAGGACAGUCCUGAGUUCGAAGAUUAUUAUUUCUUGAAGAAGUGGAAAGGAGAAGGGGUUAACGAUAGGGAAAAUAACUACACCACACCUCUAUCUAAUGAGGAAUUCGAGGACUACCGUUACAUAAAAAAAUGGAUGGGGGAAGAUAAUGAUAACAAGGGUGCUAAGUUUGACGAAAAUGUUAGUGAAAAAGGAAUAAACAGAGUCGGUGUUGAACAAGAGACAAGUAACCUUUCGGAUAGGUCUCUACCUUAUGCAUCCUUGUGUGCCAAACAAAAAGAUAAAUUCAUUAAAGGCGGUUUGACAGAGGUUAAGUCACUAGAUAUAGAUCACAAUGGAAAUAUGAUAAAAAGUUGUCUAGAUAUUCAUAAAGACAGUGAGUCUAUCGACUCUCGUUUUCCUCUCAAGAGAUCCUUAUCGGUUCAUGGACGUUCAUUCUCUCGUAAACAAAAUAUACCAAUAAUCAAUAUUGAAAAAAUGCCAUCAAAUUUGAACAAACAAAACGUUCAGGAUAAUAAUUUAUCAGUUCGACAUACUGCUACAAAUGAUAAACAAAAAAAUGAUAACGAAUCCAGAAGGUUCAAAGCUCUGAUCAGUCGAUUCCGCCAUAAAUAUACAAGAGGCACGAUAGAUGUCUGGUGGCUCUUCGAUGAUGGAGGAUUGACCGUCCUUUUACCCUUUAUUUUAUCGCAACGAAAACUUUGGAUCAAUUGCGAAAUGAGAGUUUUCGCCAUAACGAAAGAAAAAAGACAAAUAGACCUCGUACAUCAACAAUUUGGCGCUAUGUUACAGAAAUUUAGAAUCGAUUACUCGCACGUUAUAAUUCUCCCUGAUAUUCACAAAAUACCUUAUCCUACUAGCACCGCCAGAUUCGAAAAAAUAAUAGAAAAAUUUAGAAUUAAAGAUGAAACUGACCCUAAUUACAAGCUGGGAAUGAUCACGGAUAACGAUUAUUUGGCAAAUAAACACAAAUCAUUGCGCCAUAUACGCUUAUACGAAAUGUUAACCCAACACUCCUUCAACGCUAAUUUAAUUUUCAUGACAUUACCUAUACCCAGGAAAGGUUCUUGCCCAUCUGCGCUUUAUAUGGCCUGGUUGGAGAUGAUCACUUGCGAUUUAAAUCCGCCAAUUUUUCUACUCAGGGGCAAUCAGCAAAGUGUCUUAACCUUUUACUCUUAAAAUUCCGAUCUAUUAACAAUAUUCAGAGAUAUUAGUAAAAAAAAUCGCUACAGUUCGGUCAAAAAAUCCUAUUCCCAUAAUGUUAAAAAAAAGGAUUUUAAAAUCCUCACUCUAACGUUAGAUUUUUCUCAUUCACACUGCUUAUUUCAUAAAUGUCUUAUUUAUAAAAUAAAUUUUUGAUUAUGUAUGCCUCAAAUCAGGUAUCUCAGCAUAGGUUUUGCAAUAGCAAUUAUGUUACUCUUCAUCAACCCAUGAGGUGAACAAAAUUUUCGGUUCCCUUACGAGUUCACGGUAACAGUCUCAAUCUUAUUUUUAACCCAAUGCCGUCGCAGUCACUGUUAUAAUAAUGACUAUUUUUAAAUCGAAAUUGUAUAAUAUUUUUAAUCCUAAAAAAAUCAGAGCAAUAAUAUUAAACAGAGAGUGGAUAUUUAAAAAAUUAAUUUGUGCGAAUUUUAAAUUAUAAUUAUUUUUGGUAAGAAAAAUGGAAAUAUGUUAUAAUUUAAUUAGUCAUUGAUAAUAUUGCAAAUUUUUAAUGAAUAUAAUUUUAUUUAUAAAAUAAUUGGCAAUUACGAAUAUA